GUAAUUAUAAAAAUCUUAUCUGUCCGUAUAUAGUUUCAUAUUCAAAUAAGCACAUACGCACUCAUUUCAACCAAUCAUAUUAAAGUAUGACCAUUUCACAUGUAAUCCAAUGAAAGGAAAUAAAAGCAACCGAGUAACCUUAGUGACGAAACCUGUGAACCAACCAUUUUUCUGUUUGUUUUAUAUUUCUGGAAAUAAUAACUGACAUUAUAUUACUAUUAUUAUUAUUACUAUUAUUAUCAAUACUAAUAUUAUUAUUAUUAUUAUUACUAUUGCUUGGACAGUAUUAAUUUGUGCAUACGUAAUUUGUGGGUGGUGAACAGAAUACAGAACAAGAAAAAAAAAUUAAAUUUAAAAUUCUAUAAAAACUCUAGUGACAAUACGAACAACUACGAUAUUUAUCAAGUUAAAAGAUCAACGUCAUAGUUACAAGUAUUUGAGAAAAAAGUAAUUAAUUAAUUUUUAUACAAACAGAAAAAUGUUGUGCAAUCUACCAUGUCGAAUUGUCUUGAUUGCUAUGAACACUGUCAGCUUGAUUGUAGGGCUGGCAUUGCUCAUACUUGGUGCCUUGAUGGUUUGGGGUCAAAGUGUUAUACAAUCUCUAUUGAAUAAUUUCAUAACCAAUCUAAUUCAUCAAUAUAUUAAAGGAACUGAUGCUGGACAAAUUAAUGAACUAGUUACAAGAAUACUGACGUCUACUUCUCCAGUUGGUUUAGCAGUCUUUAUACUAGGUGCUAUAUGUACAGGUAUCUCAAUAUUUGGUUAUUGUGGAGCCUGUUGCAAUAUGAAGAUACUACUUUAUAUAUACGCAAUUCUAGUAGGAGCUUUGGCACUUGCUUUUCUCGUCACAUUCAGUGUGUACUUCUCUCGUAAAGAUGAGAUUGGCAACAAAGCAGUUGAAAUGUUCGAUACGAGUGUAAAGAAUUAUCAAUCCAUGCAAGCAAAUACAUUGGACAGUCUGGUGGUUGGCCUAAUCUCACCUCAACUUCAAUGUUGUGGUGUGGAUAGUGGAAAUGACUUUACAAAUUCACCUAAUUUCUGGAAAAAUGACACUUACGGUGGUAAAACAUACAGCAAUAUUCAAUAUCCUGUACCAUGCUGCAAAAUGAAUCAAAAUUAUGCAAUCACUGAUCCUACAUGUCCAGAUAAAUUUGAUGAUAAUAACAGUAAUUAUAAAAAUGGUUGUAGAGGUCCAUUGAAAGAAUUUUUCCUUAAAUAUAUGGAUUAUGUAGCUUAUGGAUUAAUUGGGGCAUUUGUUUUAUUGUUGCUCGUUGUUCUAUUCACACUUUUAACCAUUUGUAUUGAUGUUAUAUAA